GGCUCAGUGGGGGGAUCCGGCCGCGCUUGCUGAGCCCAGCUUGGCGGCUCCGCGCAGCUCCGCGCCGCCGGGACUGCCCCCCUCCUCCCCGCGGGAGCGUGGCCGGCCCCGCUCCAGAAAUGCCAUUCUCAUGAGUGUACAAGGAACCUACAGAACUGUAAUGUCUAACCCUACAUGGAAUAACAACUCUUUGAAGUUUUCGGGCUGUACCCAACUCUGCAAAGCUAGCAAAUCAGCUGAAGCACCUACUGAUAAGGAUCAGCCUUGGUAAAGAAUCUCACUGUGGUAGUUAAAGGCAUUUCCAGGUGGCAGAGACAGGGCAAAGCUCUGCGUGGGGCAAGGAAAGGUGAUGGGGGAGCCUUGUGUGUAACCAGGAUGGACUGGCUGUGACGGUGCCUUAGCUGGAGAGGUAGUUACCAUGAAGAGUUCCUGCAGAGCUGGCCUCCACAGGGAACCACUGAAUUCCACAUCCUCCACCUUCCAUCAAGUCAAACGGGUUUCUGGUAUGCACUUAAAGCCAUAUCUCAAGUUACAGAAGAAAGAGCGAUCCCCCGAAAUAAGCCAGGAUUCGGCGAGAGGCCCACCCGCGAGCCAUCCGAGAGCAGCACGAGACGAGAAGCACACAACCGACUGCACCAAGCUGAGCGCUUUCCCAAAACCCUCCCUCGCGGCUCCAUCUCAAAAGCUUCUGGGGAUUAUUUAUCCAAAUACGAUGUGCAAUAUGAACGGGAAAGGUCCCGCGGACGGUCUGAGCGCCAGGGACAAGAAGAACGCGCUGUCUGCCACGAUCCAUCAGGGAGAGGAAGGGGAAGGGCCGCUGGACGUGUGGGCCGUGGUGAAGCCUGGCAACACCAAGGAGAAGAUCGCGUUCUUUGCAGCGCAGCAGUGCGGCAGCGGCGGCCGCCUGGGCUCCAUGAAGGUCAAAAGCACGUGGGACAUCGACGGGAGAACGGCCAAACGCAGGAAAAAAUCGGUAGAUCUUAAAAAAGCCAAAAUCCAGCUGGAAAGGAUGAGGGAGGCGGGCGGCAGGUGCACCCCAGCCGAGCCCUUCGCCUGCGGCAUCGAGCACUGCUCCGUGCACUACGCCAACGACGGCGGGGACGGCGCGUUCCCGGGCCGGGCCCUCUCGGUCAUAGAGAUGGUGGCCUUCCUGGAGCAGCGGGCCAGCGCUCUGCUGGUGGACUGCGCCAAAACCUGCGCUCCCGCCGCUACCACGCGGCUGAGCGCUCAGCCCAAAGCCGGGCUCCCCGCCUCCGAGCCCUUCCCCUCCACCGGGCCGUGCGAGGCGCCGGCCGAGCAGCAGCAGGGAGAGCCCCUGCGCGUGCUGGACAUGGUGGCCAGGCUGGAGUCGGAGUGCCUGCGGCGGCAGGGCGAGCGCGAGCCCGGCAGCCUCUCCCGCAACAACAGCUUCCGCAGGAACGUGGGCAGGGUGCUGCUGGCCGGCGGCCCCCAGCCCGAGGGAGAGGCGGGGAAGGGCUCCUCGGGGGUCCUGGCUCUGGGGGGCGGUUCAGAGGAGGAGAGGGGGGUGGCGGAGGUCGGGUACGGAGGGCGGCGCGGUUCUGUGGGUGACGGCGAGCUGUGGGACGGCGCUGCCUCGGUGCGGCAGCCCUUUGCUUCUGGGCUGGGCACUCGGGUGGGCAACGUGGCCUCGGGGCUCGCUCACGCGGUGUUGGCAAUAACCGCCGGCAGGAGCGGCGCCGACACGCAGGCCGAGCCUCCCAGACCUCUGCCCUCGGCUGCUGCCAGGUUGCCACCGGAUGCCCUGCGGAGCGAGGGUGCGACUGUUGAUUGUACGUUGAAAGAGCCUGUCGUUUUCCCAAAGCAGACCCUGCAUCCCGCUAGGAAGGAGCCCUUGUGCAUCAGUGUAUCAGUCACCAAGACCGAGAAAGGAUGCAGGAAGGAGAAGCUCUCUCACUCUGCUUCGGGCGAGGAGCCUCUCCCAGGGAGGCUGUUUUUCCUCCAGGCUGACCAGGCUGCUGCUCGCGAGCAACAGCCGCCGCGAGAGGGUACCCAGGAAAAGCCAGAAGCAGCCCAAAAUGAGGGUGAGGAUGCUUUGGCACCCUCCGGGUCGUGCGUCAGAAGCGGCGUCCCCACAGAGCCAUCCGCCCUUCCCGUCCCGCUGGCGGAAGGGGCUUUGCAAGUACUUGACGCUUCCUGCUUGAAAAGGCAGGUCUCGCAUGACUUUCUGGAGACCAGGUUUAAAAUCCAGCAGCUUUUGGAGCCUCAGCAGUACAUGGCCUUCUUGCCUCACCACAUCAUCGUGAAGAUCUUUGGAUUGCUUCCUACGAGGAGUCUGGUUGCCCUCAAAUGCACUUGCUACUACUUCAAGUUCAUCAUUGAGUACUACAACAUCAGGCCAGCAGACUCCCGCUGGGUGCGCGACCCCCGCUACAGGGAAGACCCCUGCAAGCAGUGCAAGAAGAAGUACGUCAAAGGGGACGUCUCGCUGUGCCGCUGGCACCCCAAGCCCUACUGCCAAGCCUUACCCUACGGGCCUGGGUACUGGAUGUGCUGUCACCGGUCCCAGAAGGGCAUCCCGGGCUGUAAGCUGGGGCUUCAUGACAAUCACUGGGUUCCCGCCUGCCACAGCUUUAACCGCGCCAUCCACAAGAAAGCCCGAGGGCCGGGAGCCGAGGCCGAGGAGGAGUAUUAAUGCACAUACACUUUCCUGUGAGAUCAUUUGGGGUAGGAGGAGAUUCUCAUGCCUUGUGCUGUUUACAAGUGUAUAUAAUUGUUGUGGUUUGUUGUUUUGUUUUGGUUUCUUUUUUCUUUCCACAGGGCUAUGAAACUGCACAUUAACACAAGAGCCUUUACCUGUUAGAUGAGAGAGAGAGCUUUUAGUCCAUCGAUGUAAAUAACACUAUAAAAAUGAAUUGUACAUACAGAGUCUCCAGCUGGCUGAGCAAUGUAAUCACUACAAUGCAGCUCCCAUCGUGUUGCGGCUACAGUUGUGUGUGUGAGGGGCUGUGUGUGUGUGCGGGUGGCUGGGGGGGGUGUGUGUGGGGUGUGUUCAAGUGUCUCGUUUCCAAAAAUCUGUAUAUCCUGUAUAAUAUAUGAAUGUUUCUGAGAAGAAACUCUAAAUAGCUAGAAACUCUUAAAUAGGUAAAGGUCAACUUGUUUAAAAGAAUCUUCAGACAACUUAACUGGACAACCUUAGACUAGAAAAGAUCCUUUAUGGUAGUGUGGCAGUGGAGAAAGAGAGGAGUAUUAUUGUAUAGCCAGAACAUGAGAAGUCCUUGUCUACCUUACCCAUGUUGUCUGUUGGGUUGGUUUUUUUUUUACCUGAAUAAAAUGUGCAUUCUAGAUCUGCCUUACCAGACCUUCUCUGUAAAACUUUUGCCCCAAAAUAAAAACAACUGUAAAAC